UUCUUCUUCUUCUUCCUCUUCUUCUCAAAAUCAAUUUUUUUACGUUUCUUCAGGGUAGGUCCGCGCGAAUAAUUCCAUUCUUCAGAUCAUAGAUUAGAUUUUGCGUCUCAUCUAAAUUAACAAGUACAACAAAAUAAACCCUAAUUUGUUGCUCUAGCGGUUAUACCUGGUUCGAUCAAAGUUACGAUUUUUUUUUCUCCUCUUCUGAUAAAUAUCGUAUCCAUGAAGAAGGUGCUUCAUCGAGGUUUUAAACCUGCUAAAUGCAAGACAGCUUUGCAGAUGGCUAAUUCACGCCUUAAGAUACUGAAGAACAAAAAGGAGAUUCAGAUUAAACAGCUGAGGAGAGAAUUAGCUCAAUUGCUCGAGUCUGGACAAACCCCUACUGCUAGGAUUCGGGUGGAACAUGUUGUUAGGGAAGAGAAGACAAUGGCUGCUUAUGAGCUCAUUGGCAUAUAUUGUGAACUUCUUGUUGUUCGCUUGGGUGUUAUCGAAUCGCAAAAGAACUGCCCCAUUGAUUUGAAAGAAGCUGUCACGAGUGUCUUAUUUGCUUCUCAGAGGUUAUCAUCAGAUGUCCCAGAGCUCUCUGAAAUCGUUAAGCAAUUCACAACCAAGUACGGCAAGGAUUUUGCUACGUCUGCUAUUGAGUUGCGUCCCGAUUCUGGUGUGAGUCGCCUGUUGGUGGAAAAAUUGUCUGCCAAAGCCCCAGAUGGUCCAACAAAGGUCAAAAUUUUAAUGGCAAUCGCUGAGAAGCAUAAUGUCGUCUGGGAGGCACAAUCUUUUGUUGAACCAGAUCCAAAAGAUUCCCUGUUGAGUGGAGCAAGCUCGUUUCAGCCAGCAAGUAGUAUGAACAUGGAUUCAUCUAUAAAAUCCAACAAGGAACAGCCUCCAGACGUCCAAGCUCCAGCUACUGUUAAUGCUCAACAUGGAUCAAGUGAAAGACUUCAUUUCCCAGAGAACUCGUAUGCAAAUGGUGGAAGAUCUUCAAUCCGUAGCAAUAAUGUUACUUCUGGGAAGGCUGGUGACUACUAUCAUCCAGAUACAAGACCUUCUCAGUCUAGGACUGAUGAAGGAGAAUGUAGAAAUCCAAACCAUGGCUAUGAAAAUUCAUCUUCAAGAAGUAAUCAUAGGUGGGAAACAGAAUUUGUUGAUUCUACAGAUGCUGCACGUGCUGCUGCUGAAGCUGCUGAAAGAGCAAGUUUCGCUGCAAGAGCAGCCGCCAAACUUUCGAGCAAAGAAAGGAUGACGAGGCAGGAUUCAUCGGAGUCGUAUGUAUCCUCUGCAUCUGUAAAUUUUAGAAACGACCCUCCACAUCAACGUAACAGAUCGAAUGUACAAAGCGAAAGUUUCUCUGAAGAACAUUUUUCGCCAAGACAAAAUCUUAGGAUGCAGUAUGAAGAUAUGGACAGAGCCAGGCAAGAUAGAUACGAUCGAGCAAAGGAAUCUGAGAUUCCUCCUGUAGAUCAGCCAUCAGAAAGACAUUCCCUGGAAAACUUGAGAAAUAACGGUUCCUUUGGUAAUAAAGGUAGAGAGAAGCAGCCAAGUGUGGAGACGGAUUUAAAUGUCCGGUACUCAGAACAUGUUCACCUCAGGAAGCAGUCAAGCAGGACUUCAUUGCAUUCACACUCGAGCAAUUAUUCUGAUGAGAAUGUUAAUAGUUCAGAGUAUAUAAGGUCACCCAGCAUCGUGGAGGAAAACAUUUUUGCCACUGAUGAUGAGCACCGAUCUCAGAGCAGCUUUAAAGAUACAGACACCCAUUAUCAUAGGCAUGAUGAGGCUGCAGCUACUGAUACUUAUGAUGACUAUAGUUCAUUUUUUGAUAAACCUAAAUUCGACGCGGAAGAUAAUUAUUAUCAAGACGAAAUUGAUCAUGGUGUGGGAUUCUCAUUGCUUGGCAGCAAAACAUCUGCUACAGCAGCGUCCUGGAGCUUCAAAGGAGACCAGACUAAGUCUCAUGAAAAACACAGCAGCUCGAGCUCACAAGUUUUCCAAGAGAAUCCAAGUUCCCCAUUAUUUGAUGAUGUCUCUACAAGUCCUCCGGCUUCUUACCAUGAGCCUGAACCACAAAUCAGGUUUGACGAUUAUAGUCCAGAUUCAGAAAGCGGCGAUGAUCAGCCUGGAGAUGUACAUGAGAAGGGGAAUCUGACAUCUGAUCCAUCUCAGAAAUUUAAAGUCUCUGAUUCUGCCGGACACAAAUCUCUCCUUUUCGACACAGAAGACCACAAUGAUAAUUCGAGGACAAGGGAAGAAUCAGAUUCAGAGUCAGAGCCUCAGUUUGGUCUGAGGCUGGGAGCUUUGGCUGGUGGAUUUAGGAACAGAAAGACACUCCCACCUUACAGAAUGAGUCCUGCAUCGUCCAAGUCUGAAAAGGAAUAUAUCCAAACUGAUGAUUCUGGUCAGUCUAUCAGAAAAGAUCUUUACAGAAAGAAAGCAAGUAACACCGAGAUGAGACCAAGUUCUCUGCCUCGUCAUCCAUCUUCUAGUGAUGAAGACGACUCAGACAUGCAACUUCCAGGAAGAACAGAAUCAAAAUCCAAUUCCCUGUUUAGCCAUUCCCAUGUCAACCACAAUGACUUGGACGAAGAAACCCUCCCAACUCGAUAUUCUUCAAGAAGUCAAGAGAUGACUUAUAAGCCAUCAACGGGAAUGAGAGAUUACAAGAGACCGAACUUUAAGAUGCCAGUUUCAGCAUCAUCUGAAGAUGAGAAAGACGUCGAAAGAGAGACUGCACGUGUCAGUGUCAAGCCAAAUAAAACAACUGGCUUCUCUCUAAGGACAAAAGGCCCAGCAAAAUCCCAUGAGAAACAUUCAUUCCCAGUGACAGCAAAGAAAACUGACAAAGAGUCUCAUGAUCAGCCAUCUCCAAGGCACAAGACAGUAACUUCAAGCCCUGUUCCACAAACUGUAAAAUCACCCGAUCCAGAAACCCCAUCAAGGGAGAGAGCUAGUCACGUUCAUCCCAACCUCCCAGAAUAUGAUGAUAUCUUUGCAAGGCUUGGGGCCCUUCGUGCUCCUAAUCGACGCUGAAUCUGCUCAUCUUGUCCAUCUGUUCAUAUAUUUAUUCUUUGCCACAGAGAUCAGUACCCCUCAUUCUUUACUCUUGACUGAAUUUGAUAUAUACUUACACAUUAUAUAGAUUAAGCAGUGGUGUGAUUCUGCUACGUCGUGAUUGGUUUUCUUUGUUGGUGUGGAUAAACAGAAUAGGAAUGAACUAUUUGUGAAGAAAGAAAAAGAUUUUAUUAUACUAACA